AUGUCUGAUGGAAAGAAGAUGACAUCGAGCCGCAGGCAUCAUCUCAAGAGUUUGAUACUGCAGAUCGCUGCUCGCUGGCUGGAGCAGGAAACUACUGAUCUUGCAGCCGCCAAAGAAGCUUACAUGGCAGAGACUUGCCCCGCCCCCAACAUGAGUGGAGACCAAGCAGCUCUGCUGGAAUUCUGCAAAAAGCUGUACCAGUCCCUCGACAAGAUCGAUGAGGACAGAUAUGACAACGGGGCCAAAGUUGCAAAGGCAGACAAGGAGAUUGAGGAGCUGAAGCUCAAGGUGGUGGAGCUGGCUGGAGUGAAGAAACCCGCCUUGAAGAAAGUACGUAUGUCUGCUGACUCCAUGCUGCAGGCUCUGCUGGGAGGAAAACACAAGGUGACCAUGGACCUGAGGUCCAACCUGAAGCAGGUCAAAAAGGAGGUCAAAGAGGAGGCGGUCGGCGAUUGGCGUAAAAACAUUGAGGACAAAGCUGACAGGAAGAAGAUGUUCGAGACCUCUUAA